AUGACUACUCUUGACUUACCUGAACCAUUUGCCAGUAUUCCCAAGCAAGAUUUUCUGUUCGGGCCCUCUCCCAUCCAAGCAUUGCCGCGUAUAUCCGCAGCACUCGGCGGCAAGGUGAACGUGUAUGCAAAGCGAGAAGACUGCAAUUCUGGUCUUGCAUAUGGCGGCAAUAAAACUCGCAAGCUAGAAUAUCUAGCGGCCGAGGCCUUGGCGCAGAACUGUGACACUCUCGUGUCCAUCGGCGGCAUCCAGUCCAACCAUACCAGGCAGGUCUCUGCAAUUGCCGCACGUCUCGGGCUCAAGGCCGCCACCGUCCAGGAACACUGGGUGGACUGGCACGACCCGGGAUACGAAAAGGUCGGCAACAUUCAGCUGUCACGGCUGAUGGGCGCCGACGUGCGGCUGGACCCCUCGACGUUUGGAAUAGAGCACAAGACAACCCUAGCCGACCUGCGGAGCGAAAUCAAUGCCGCCGGCGGCCGGCCAUACUACAUCCCGGCCGGCGCGUCCGACCACCCGCUGGGCGGGUUGGGCUUUGCCCGCUGGGCGUUUGAGGUGGAAGCGCAGGAAAUGGAAAUGGGCGUCUUCUUUGACACCAUCAUUGUCUGCGCCGUGACGGGCUCCACCAUGGCCGGCAUGGUGGCCGGCUUUAAGCUGUGCCAGCUGAAGCGCGGCUCGAGAGCGAGGAGGAUCGUGGGCAUCGACGCGUCCGGCAAGCCUCAGCAGACGUUUGAUCAGGUGCUGCGCAUUGCCAAGUUUACGGCAGCCAAGAUUGGUCUGAGCGAGGAUGAUGUCACUGCGGCUGACAUUGUUCUUGAUGAACGAUAUCACGCGGGCGUAUAUGGCAUUCCUGAUGAGACGACAAUAGCUGCUAUCAAGUUUGGCGCUCAGACAGAGGCCUUCAUCACUGACCCUGUAUACGAAGGCAAAAGCCUCGCAGGCAUGAUGGAUAUGAUUAGAAAGGGGGAAAUCCCGACCGGCAAUGUGCUUUAUGCACAUUUGGGAGGGCAGCUAGCGUUGAAUGCCUACAGUGAGAUGUAA